GCGGGGGACGAACGGGGCCCGCGUACCGCUGGGUCGGGUGACGGCGGGGGACGGGGAGGGCCGGGAGCAGCGGGGAGAAUGGGGGGGGGGGGCGGCGCUGUUUACUGCACCGUCACUCCCCCCUCCGGCCUCUACUGUCAUGGCGACGGGGGAGGGGCCGUCACGUGAGAGCGGAGGAGGCGGGAGGGGAGCGGGCCCAUACCACGUGACCACAGGAGACGCGCCGCGACGGCCGCUCCAGGGUCACGUGAGGCAGGCUCCAUUCCCCUCCUAGCGCCCCACGGCUUAUUCCGGUCACGUGGCCUCCCCCUGCCCGCCCCAUGGCCCCGGCAGCAGCCCGACCCCCGUAGCGCCCGCUCCCGCCCCGGGCCCCUCCCGCCGGCAGCAGCCGGCACCCAGCACCGCCCUCACGAUACCUACUAGUAGUGCAAUAGCUGAUGCAGAUUGUUGAUGGAAGUUUGAUGUGGACCUCAGCAAAUAUUACAGCUCCUUACAGCCACAAUGGCAACAUCAUCUGAAGAAGUGUUACUGAUUGUAAAGAAGGUACGUCAGAAGAAGCAGGAUGGAGCUCUCUACCUUAUGGCUGAAAGGAUAGCAUGGGCACCUGAAGGCAAAGACCGAUUCACAGUCAGCCAUAUGUAUGCAGACAUAAAAUGCCAGAAAAUCAGUCCAGAAGGUAAAGCUAAAAUUCAGCUUCAGCUAGUGCUGCAUGCAGGGGACACAACCAACUUUCACUUCUCCAAUGAAAGCACAGCAGUGAAGGAGCGAGAUGCGGUAAAGGAUCUUCUUCAACAACUGUUGCCCAAGUUCAAAAGGAAAGCUAAUAAAGAACUUGAGGAGAAGAACAGAAUGCUGCAAGAAGAUCCUGUUUUGUUUCAGCUCUAUAAAGACCUUGUUGUGAGCCAAGUAAUCAGUGCUGAGGAAUUCUGGGCCAACCGUUUAAGCCUGAAUGCAGGGGAUAAUUCUGCAGGACCUAGUAAGCAGGAUGUGGGCAUCUCUGCAGCAUUUCUGGCUGAUGUACGGCCUCAAACAGAUGGCUGCAAUGGUCUGCGGUAUAAUUUGACUUCAGAUAUCAUUGAAUCCAUAUUUCGAACAUAUCCUGCAGUAAAAAUGAAAUAUGCAGAAAAUGUUCCACAUAACAUGACGGAGAAGGAAUUCUGGACACGAUUUUUUCAGUCUCAUUAUUUCCAUCGGGACAGGCUCAAUACAGGCUCCAAAGACCUCUUUACGGAGUGUGCCAAACUGGAUGAAAAAGGGUUAAAAGCAAUGGUGUCUCAAGGAGUAAAAAACCCCCUGAUAGAUUUAACAGCUUUGGAUGAUUACACAUUAGAUGAAGAAUAUGUUGCUUCUAUGGCCUCUACAUCAAAUGCCUCAAAAUCUGCUAGAGAAAGUAGCACCACUGCCAUUAUAAAACGCUUUAAUCAUCAUAGUGCCAUGGUCCUUGCAGCUGGCCUCAGGAAACAAGAAGCACAAAAUGACCAUUACAGUGAGACCAGCAGUACGGAUGGAAACUCCAGGGAUUCAGAUUUCUUUCAGCCACCAAUUAAAAAGGUGAAAUUGCAGGAGGCCAUUGAAUAUGAAGAUUUAUCAAAGAAUAAUAGCAUUAAAACUAUUGCACUAAACUUGAAGUCUGAUAGGUAUUAUCAUGGUCCAACUCCAAUUCAAUCACAGCAAUAUGCAACCAGUCAGGAUAUAAUUAAUUCUUUUAAUAGUAUUAGGCAAGAAAUGGAAGCAUAUGUACCCAAACUAACUCAGGUCCUUUCAAGUGCUGAUGCUGCUAACACUAUUGCAGCCCUGUCACCUGGAGGAGCCCUUAUGCAGGGUGGAACACAGCAAGCCAUAAACCAGAUGGUGCCAAAUGACAUUCAGUCUGAACUAAAACACUUGUAUGUGGCAGUAGGGGAACUGCUACGACACUUCUGGUCCUGCUUUCCUGUUAACACACCAUUCCUAGAAGAAAAGGUUGUGAAAAUGAAGAGCAACUUGGAAAGAUUUCAGGUUGCAAAGCUCUGCCCAUUCCAAGAAAAGAUUCGGAGACAGUAUUUAAGCACAAAUUUGGUAAGUCAUAUAGAAGAGAUGCUGCAGACGGCCUACAAUAAGUUCCAUACGUGGCAGUCCCGGCGUAUGCUGAAGAAGACGUGAAAGUGCAUGCUGUACAGGUUUGAGAGCAAAAUCUGCAAUAGGUGUAGGAGUACAACCUAGCAUAUGUGCAGAUCUUGUAGUUGUUGCAGGAAGACCUGCAAGCUGCGGACUUCUGGAAAUGAUGCUAACUGAACUUGCACAUUUUUGAAAAAGAACUGAGAUUAAACUUGAAAACUAGGGAGAAAAACCAAGAAAGAACCAAAACAGAAGAGCCGAGGCGCAAAAAUAUUUAAAAGACACUGUUUACUGCAGUUACUCAGGAACUGCUUUUGAUUUGCAUAAAGAGCUGCUUUCAUAAAUAAAAAAUUUAAAGAGGGUGUAUUAAUAAAAAUCCAUUUUUCUGUCUAAUUUUUUUUUAAGAAGUGUAUGGCACAGGGUAGAACUCAGAACCUUUCCUUCACUGGAUUCUGACAUUUUACUGAAUUCUGUACUUUCUGCAACAAUUUAAGAAUGAUAUUUUGAAGUACAGCUGAGACUGGUUUGCUUCAAACAUCUGGGAGAGUGUAGCUGUUGGAAUACAAGCUUCUGCCAUGUUUCCCCAUCCAAUUGGAAACAAGACAUUGCACUGAAAGCUCUUUGUUGUCUGGGGUCCCUAAAGGCACAUGGGGGCAAACUUUUGCCCGAAGUCUUGGAAUUUUAUGCAGAAUUUUUCCAGCCAUGGGUUUUGCAUGUUUUCCUUUGAGUGCAAGUGUGUGCUACUGCAGUUUUGGGGUUUUUUUACGGUGGUAUUUGUUCUGAGGAGAGAAUGCAUUUUUAAAAAUGAAAUUAAAUAAAGUUUCUUACAAAAGAAGG